AUGAUGGAAUCUAAGAACUUAGAGAUGUUAGAAGCUUUUGGCGGUGUGAAAGGAAUUCUGAGGGGGUUGGGUACUGACGCGAGGCGAGGUUUAACCUAUUCUCCUGGAGCAUUUGAGGAGCGCCGACGGGUUUAUGGCCAGAAUGUUCUUCCAAGCCGUAAGAGCAAGUCGAUUUGGCGGCUUAUGUGGAUUGCGCUCAACCAAAAGGUGCUUGCGUUGUUAUCUGUCGCGGCAAUAGUCGCCUUUGCCCUCGGCAUAUUCCAAGACUUUGGUGCUCCUCGCGAAACAUACACUUGCGGGCAAGGCCAGACGUGCGAGAUGCCUCCGGUCGACUGGGUUAAAGGUGUCGCCAUCAUGAUAGCAGUGGCAGUCGUCGUCGUUUUCAGCUCCUUCAACGAUUGGCAGAAGGAAAGGCAAUUUAAGGAACUCAACGAGAAGAAGGAAGAUCGGACUAUUAAAGUCAUCAGAGACGGUAAUGAAGCAGUGGUAAACGUUAAGGAUUUGGUUGUCGGCGAUGUUGCGAUUAUUGACCCUGGCGAGGUCAUCCCUUGUGACGGUCUUUUCCUUUCCGGAUACAACGUCAGAUGCGAUGAGUCUAGUAUUACUGGUGAAAGCGACGCCAUCAAAAAGGGGCCUUACGAAGCUUGUCUUUCGGUCAAAGGACGUGAUCAGUUCCGCGCGCAUACCGAUUGCUUUGUUAUUAGCGGAAGCAAGGUUCUUGAAGGUGUCGGAAGCUAUGUGAUUGUUGCUGUUGGCGAAAUGAGCUGCAAUGGCCGGAUUAUGAUGGCCUUGCGACAAGACACGGAGGACACACCACUACAAGAGAAGCUCAAAAUUUUCGCUAACUGGAUCGUCGUAAUAGCAUCUAUUUCUGCUCUGCUACUUUUUACCAUUCUGCUCAUCCGUUUUCUCGUGCAAGUUGGUAGAGGACAGCCGUCCCGGACAGCCAAGGAGAAUGGUCUCACAUUUGUCGAUAUCUUGGUUUAUUCGGUCUCGCUUUUCGUCGUUGCGAUCCCGGAAGGUCUACCACUUGCGGUGACACUUUCACUGGCACUUGCAACGAAGCGAAUGACAUCGGAAAAACUUCUCGUUCGCGUUCUUGCCGGCUGUGAAACGAUGGCCAAUGCGAGCAUUAUAUGUACCGACAAGACCGGCACUCUCACCCAAAACUCGAUGACUGUUGUCGCCGGAGUCAUAGGGGUCCGGGCAAAGUUCGCGCAGGGCUUCUUUACGACAUUAGCGCUUGAGAAUGUCACUAACGAACGGGCCACCGAGGCGGUUGCAGAGCAAGACGGCUGCGCCCAAUAUGAAGUUGAUAACUUACUCCUUGAUCGUAGUGAACUCAAGACGAAGCUUAGCCCUGCGCUAAAGUGCUGUCUCAAUGCUGCAAUUUGCGUCAACUCGACCGCAUUUGAGGACUUGGAUCGUGAGUCGGGAGAGCGCGUAUUUGUUGGCAGCAAAACAGAAACUGCACUGUUGCAAUUCGCCAAGGACCUCGAUUUUCCCGACUACCAAAAAACUCGGGAGAAUGCGAAGGUUGUGCAUAUGAUACCAUUUAGCUCUCAGCGGAAGGCUAUGGGUACAGUUGUCCAACUUCACGAUGGCCGUUGGCGCCUCUACGUCAAGGGGGCGAGCGAAAUACUGACGAAGAGAUGCGUGAGAUACGUUAUCGUUAUCCCUACUGAAGAAGACGUAGAAGGCCGCGACGAUGAAUUUAUUGAGACGAACGAGAUGAAUGCCGAUGCAAGGGAGAAUAUCUCAUGGACUAUCACUGCAUUUGCAAAUAAGGCUCUUCGGACGAUUGCACUCUGCUAUCGUGAUUUCGACUCCUGGCCACCUAGCUGUGCCGGUGUUGCUAGUGCCGACGAGGUUCCUUACGAAGCGUUGGCGGCUGAUAUGACUCUCAUCGGUAUUACCGGUAUUGAAGAUCCAUUGCGGGAGGGUGUCACAGAUGCCGUUGCUCAGUGUACCAAGGCAGGGGUUCAAGUCAAGAUGUGCACUGGCGACAACGCUCUGACGGCACGAUCUAUUGCAUCGCAAAGCGGUAUUCUUACUCGCGACGGCACCGUCAUGGAGGGUCCAGUAUUUCGUGAGUUGGACAAUCGUGAGCUGCUCGAAGUAGUGCCACACCUUCAGGUACUCGCUCGAGCAUCACCAGAAGAUAAAAGAAUUUUAGUCGAGAAGUUGAAGGAGCUUGGUGAGAUAGUUGCCGUCACAGGCGACGGGACGAACGACGGACCCGCCCUCAAGAGUGCGCACAUAGGGUUCUCAAUGGGACUCACAGGCACUGAGGUAGCGAAGGAAGCUUCGGACAUCAUCAUUAUGGACGACAACUUCACGAACAUUGUCAAGGCGAUCAUGUGGGGUCGUUGCGUAAACGAUGCGCUACGCAAGUUCUUGCAGUUCCAGAUUGGUGCAAAUGUCACAGCUGUGCUCGUAACAUUCGUCAGCGCUGUCGCAAAAACUCAGGAAUCUGCCGCUUUGACUGCCGUUCAGUUGCUUUGGGUCAAUCUCAUCGUCAAUUCCUUUGCCGCUCUAGCCCUCGCGACGGAUCCCGCAACCCCUGCCUUACUCGAUCGCAAACCGGACCGACUUAAUGCACCUCUUUUCACGGUUGACAUGUACAAACAGAUAUUUGGGCAGUCACUCUAUCAAACGACCGUCAUCCUUGUAUUCUUCUUUGCAGGCAACCAUAUUUUUGGUUUCUCGCCCGAUCCGAACAACGAGGCCGUGCAGAUCGAAAACGACGCCAAAUUGAGUACUCUUGUCUUCAACGCGUUUGUCUUCGCGCAGAUUUUCAAUUCCAUCAAUUGUCGCCGCAUUGGGAACCACAAGAAUAUUUUUGAUGGUAUUCACCGAAAUUGGUACUUCAUUAGUAUUGUCCUUCUCGAAAUAGGACUUCACGUUGUCAUUGUGUUCGUUGGAGGUCGUGCAUUCUCUGUAACCAGAAUUAGCGGAAUGUUCUGGGGCAUUUCCCUCGCGCUCGGAUUCAUGUCCAUCCCCAUCGGCUUCCUCCUUCGCUGCAUUCCCAAUCAACCGAUCGAGCGAUUCUUCUACAAGAUCCACCUCAUGCAUGAUGCGUCGAUUCUACCAACUGAACGGCCCGAUACAGUGACUAAGGAUAUCGGAAAGCAAUCUAGCGCCUUGACAAAUGCCUUUGAUCGGAUUCGCAAAUGGCCCAGCCACGCACGUAACUCUGUCGUCUUUAGCCGCUCAUCAACUCUUGUUGGGACGGCCGUUACUUCGCCAGUCGGCCAUGAGAUGGUCGUCAAUCCAGGAGUAAGAACAUCAUUGGGCUCUCCCAGCUCUCCUCAAGAGCGAUGCAAGUCCGUCCAAUUUGAAGAGAAGCCAGGUUUACACCCAACAAAUAGCCGGCAAUUCGACUGUUGA